AACGCUGAAACCAGUGGGUCGGCCAGGUGUGGGAAGCCGGGGAGGGAGGAGGUGAGGAGUGGGGCCGCCAGCAGCGGAGAGGAUGGCGGAGGUGGCUGGCACUGUGCUCGGCGUGGGCACUGGCGUGUUCGUCUUAGCUCUGGUCUGGGUGCUGGCGCUGCUGCUGUGUGCGGUGUUGUCCAGAGCCUCCGGUGCAACCAGGUUCUCCGUGGUUUUGGUAUUCCUCGGUGCUCUGCUCAUCACGGCAGUCCUGUUGCUCUUCCCCCGCGCCAGUGAGACCCCAGCCCCAGAGGUCGAGAUGAAGGUAAGACGGUCGCUUUUAUUUUGCCUCCCAAGUUGUAACUCUUGUUCCUCUUGGCCCGGGCCUCACUCCUGCCCUGUGGCGUCCCCUGAUGUCCGGUGGGCUGAGCUGUGUUAGGAGAUUUGUAAAGUUCAAGCGAGGAUGAGGAAAGCUCGGGGGAGGUUUAGCUUCCCCGCCCCUUCACCCAGGAAUAGAAUCGUGUUCAGAGUCCCCAUCAAGAUGAAUGAGCACCGUCUGAAUCCCACCUCCUGCUGUGGGGCAGGGAGAGGAAAAGUGAGUUAAGAAUAGGAAUAGACCUGCUCCUGACAUCAGUGUCCCUUCCAGGUGGCCUGGGCUCAGAAACUCGGAUCCUGGGCCUAACCUUCUGCCGUGCCCCCAAGGUGCUGAGCGGCAUGCUUUUCUGCCUCCUUGUGUUUGAAUUUUUCCAUUUCUGACGUGAAGAAUACACCUUUCAUAGAGAAGAGUAGUGAGGAAGCCGUUCCAAUAGAUGAGCUCACCACUCAGUCUUCCGGGCGUUCCUUUGGUCCUCAUUCCUGGAACCGCACCUGCCCGCACCACCUCUCAGAGUGGAUUUCACAUCUUUCUCAUAGGCCAUCCCUGGACACUCUCCUCCUUCUGGUUCAUUCCUGGUUGGGGCCCUGGCUUCUUCCUGCACAGCUGCUCUCAGACCCCUGCCAUCUUAAUGGUAUUGACUUCUUAUGUCCCAUUAUUCCUUCUAUCAGCUUCUUUCAACCUCCACUGUAACUUCUUAAGCAGGAUGGUGAUAAUAGCUAACAUUUUUUAAGGGAUUACUGUGUGCCAGGUCCUGUAAUAAGCACAUUGUUUGCAUGAUCUCAUUUAAACCU